AACUCUGGAAUGUCGCGAAAUCUUGUUAGCCUUGUCUGCAUUCUGAGCCUAUUAUCGGUUCCGUCUAUUGCCUUGUUUUGACCUUGCUUCCUUUUCGUGUUUAUGCAUGUUUGCUACCUGCCCUGAUCUACGCCUGGAUUAUUGACUACUGUUUUUGGAUUUCCUUUGAUGUCGUUGUUUGCUUGAUGUUUGAACCUUGCCUGUUUUGGAUAUCGCCUAAUAAACCAGCAUUUGGAUCUAACCCGUUUCACGUGCAUGACAGCCACCGGCACGGCUGUUUGUUUGUCUGUUUUAGAAAUUUUAACUUCAAUAGGAAAGACAAGCAAUGCCCUGCUUGCUUACGCAGUGAAUAGAUCUAUUAUGAAAGAAAUAUACACGAUCACUACGAGGUGUACAAGAAUUCAGAAACCAGUCAUAUGUAUAAUCUUCCGCUUCAGAUUACACUUUGCUGCACUUCAUUAAAAGCUGACUGUUAACAAAGACAAGAUAAGCAGCUCCAGGAUCAAAACUGCAAAGCUGGUUUGUGCUUUUGGGACUUCCUAAAACCCUGUUUUUUCAUCAAAAAGUAAACUUCAGAAGAUUGAAAGCUAACAUGGAACAUUUUUAUUAGGAUAACAAGUUUUCACUCUGGAGACUGCAUGAGACACGAUGGACAUUAACGCUGUAAACGCACUCUCAUACGAGGACUUUUUGGAAAUAUUCGGGAACGUGGUUGAGAAAUGUCCCAUCAUCCCAGCUGCAGUUUGGAUCCAUCGUCCGUUCACGAGCCUAGCAGACAUCGAGGCUCACAUAUCCGACUUCAUCGACAGUCUACCUGAAUCAGGUAAAGAGGGAAUCCUUCGGUGUCACCCGGACCUGGCGGGCAGGGAGCUUCAGAGUGGCGCGUUAACCCGUGACUCACAGGAGGAGCAGCGCGCGGCCGGUUUCACUGACCUGCAGCCUACGGAGGUGUCCCGCAUGCGCAGCCUAAACUCCGAGUACAAGGAGCGCUUUGGCUUCCCGUUUGUAAUAUGCGCGCGGCUGAACACCAAACGGGACAUAAUGCGUGAGCUGCUUCAAUGUCUCGGUAACGACCCUGCGGCGGAAAGAGCGCGCGCCAUCGGCGAGGUGAAAAAGAUUUGCGCGCUGCGAAUGCGCAACCUCCAGCUCUCCAACUCUCCAAACAAGCUCUAAGGUGACGAGCUUUGUGUGUUGAAUACGCACUGGAUUCUAUUGGAUCAGUGAUCAGUGUUAACUUAGCAGUAAUAACGUGGCGUGAAUUCAUUACAAGCGUUGUUCACAAUUUAUAAUGCACAAUGAAAAUAAAAACUAUGUCCUAUGAGA